GGGGGCCAAGUAGUAAACAAUUCCUAGUUUCCAAUCUUUCCCUAGGCUUCUUCCAUUGAAGAAUUCUAGUUUUAUACUUUUCUUUUAGCUUUCAUCAAGCUCUCUUUUUCAUUGAAUCUUGAAGCUAUUUAUGGAGGAGAAGAUGAGUCGGUCCAUCGCCAACGCGAUAGACUACAAGGGCUUCCCAGCUGACAAGUCGAAAACUGGUGGUUGGGUGCCUGCUGCUCUGAUCUUAGGCAUUGAAUUUUGUGAGAGGCUUUCAACAAUGGGUAUAGCAGUAAAUCUGGUGACAUACUUGAUUGGAACCAUGCAUCUCUCAAGUGCCACUUCUGCAAACAUUGUCACAGAUUUCAUGGGAACCUCUUUCCUCCUGUGCUUGGUUGGUGGCUUCCUUGCAGACACUUUCUUAGGCAGAUAUAAAACCAUUGCCAUUUUUGCACUUGUUCAAACCCUUGGUACAUGUAUGCUAGCCAUAUCAACUAGGCUUCCACAGGUUCGUCCACCUCCUUGCGAGGGUAAUCCAACAAACACAUGUAAAAAAGCGAGCACGUUUCAGAUGGGGAUUCUGUAUAUAUCUUUAUAUCUUAUAGCACUGGGGACUGGUGGUCUAAAAUCAAGUGUUUCAGGUUUCGGAACUGACCAGUUUGAUGAGAAUGAUGAAAAGGAAAAGGCCCAAAUGGCCUAUUUCUUUAACAGGUUCUUCUUCUUCAUUAGCAUAGGGACUUUGAUAGCUGUCACAGUACUUGUUUACAUACAAGAUGAAGUCGGACGAAGCUGGGCUUAUGGAAUCUGUUCUGUAUCUAUGUUCAUUGCCAUCUUGAUAUUUUUAUCAGGGACUAAACUGUACAGGUACAAGAAAAGCUUGGGAAGUCCCAUAGUCCACAUUCUUCAAGUCAUCGUAGCGGCUACAAGGAAGAGGAGGUUGCAAGUUCUUAAUAAAUAUGACAAGGGUUUAGUGCUGUAUGAAGAUUAUCCAGAGUCUUCAAGAAUCCGUCAUACAGAUCAGUUUCGUUUCUUGGACAAGGCUGCUAUUGUGACAGAUGAAGACUACGGAUCGAAUGGGUCAGUGGCUCCGAAUCAUUGGAAGCUAUGUCCAGUGACAAGAGUAGAGGAGGUGAAAAUGGUGAUCAAACUACUACCAAUAUGGGCUACAACAAUCAUAUUUUGGACCACAUAUGCACAGAUGAUCACAUUUUCAGUUGAACAAGCUUCUACCAUGGAGAGAACUAUUGGGGGUUUCCAAAUUCCUGCUGGCUCUCUCACUGUCUUCUUUGUUGCAGCCAUUUUGAUCACUUUGGCAGUUUAUGAUCGUUUGAUUAUGCCUCUUUGGAAAUCAUGGAAAGGGAAACCAGGUUUCACCUAUUUACAAAGAAUAGCCAUAGGUCUCUUCCUCUCCACAGUGGGCAUGGCAGCUGCAGCACUCGUGGAGGUGAAGCGUUUAUCGGUGGCAAGAGCAGCCGGUACUCAAAGUACUACUUCAACACUACCCAUAACUGUCUUCCUUCUGAUCCCACAGUUCUUCUUGGUUGGCUCCGGUGAAGCAUUCAUAUACACCGGACAACUGGAUUUCUUCAUAACACAGUCACCAAAAGGGAUGAAAACAAUGAGCACUGGCCUCUUCCUCACAACCCUUUCGCUUGGUUUCUUCGUUAGUAGCUUCAUUGUAUCAGUCGUGAAGAGAGUGACCAGAAAUGGUGAUGGACAAGGAUGGGUUGGGGAUAACAUCAACAAUGGCAGACUUGAUUGCUUUUAUGGACUGGUAACCAUAUUAAGCUUCAUUAAUUUUGGAUUGUAUCUUCUUUGUGCUGCAUGGUACAAGCCACAAACAGGUAGACAAAAGGAAGAUAUGCAAAUGGAGUGUGCUGUUAAAAGUUCCUUGGAUGAGGAGUGCUAGAGUGAUAGUGAUUAGUUUGGAACUACAUGUUUAAUUUGCUGGUUUUCUCUACUGUUAAUUUAACCAUGUAUAGAGUUGGUGACAUAGUUAGAUUAACUAUGUUUAUAUCAUGGGGCUAAACCUUUUCUUUUCCCUUUUCUGUUAAGCCAAGUUAUAUAAUUCUUCUCAAUGGUUGCCGCUCUCAUGCUUUGAGCGUACUCACUCUCUCGCUCCCAUUACAAUUUUAUGUGACUUAAAUUUUGCUGCUUUCACUCUGUUUGAUUUAGCUCUUAAGGGCCCUUCUAUUCGCGUUGACGUUGGCUAGGCCAAUACAUACGAUAGUAUGCGAAAUCCACCUCAACUGUGCUGGUCCCAACACAUUGGACCCUAUAUGUAUCGGCCCUAGCUGAAGUUGUUGUGAAAAAUCUUUCUUUUUUCAAGGAUCGGACAAUAACGAAUUAUCUUUUUGAAA